AUGGCGCGCGAGGGUGACAUAGAGUCCCAAAGCAAUCCUCGCGAGGAGACGCCACUGCUAAACGGCGAGCCAUCAAGUCCGCGGGUCGAUUAUCCUGAAUCUGAGCCCAGGAGGGGUAGCUGCGGUUACUGGAGACUCGUUUGGGCCGUCCUCGGAGUUGUCGUCGGAAUUGUUUUUAUCAAGGGCUGGAUCAAUGCGGGCAGCGAUGUUGAUCCGCUGCGAACGAUAAUGAAUUACCAGUACCGAUUUGGGACCUCUUUUAGGACUGCAACCCAGACCCUAUAUCACGCAGGAGGGCUCGGUCGCUACUAUCAGGGUCUCACGGCCGCGCUUGUUCAAGCAUCUGGAAACCAACUGGCACUCUUCUCAGGUCCCCUUGCUAGGUUUGGAGAUACCGCUGCAAACGCUGGCAUUCUCGCCUUGCUACAGUCCAACUCAUACCUGAGAAAAUUGCCCUCGCCUGCAAAGACUGUUUUUGCUUCUCUAUGUGCUGCGGGCUUCCGCAUGGUCCUCACUCCCAUUGAUACUCUAAAGACGACUCUCCAAGCUCAAGGAUCGAGUGGAAUCGACUUGCUGCGCCAGCGCUUCCAUAAAUACGGAAUUGCGACAUUGUGGUGGGGAGCAUUCGCUACGGCGGGAGCAACGUUUGUCGGGCAUUAUCCGUGGUUUGCCACGUAUAAUCUCUUAAACGAAUCCAUCCAGGAGCCACCUGAAUCGGAAGUAUUCCUAUGGUUGCUGCGUCUAGCUUUCAUCGGAUUUAUCGCAUCCCUUAUUUCUGACUCCGUGUCAAAUUCCUUGAGAGUCGUGAAGACAUACCGUCAAGUCAACGACACCAGAGUCUCUUACACUGGGAGAAGACGACCAGCUCCUAACACGCCGACUGCGAACGGUUGGCACUUUGAUCAACUGGCUUUUCCCCAAUGUCAGCUGCGUCCGAGUCAAAUGUUUCACCUUAUGCGCUUCAUGUGGUCGAAUAUGUAUCAAGUGAUUGCGACGACAAGUUACUUGGGGUGUACUUUGCAGUCAUUGUCAAAAGGGGUACAGCAGCAUUGCACUUGA